GGCACAGUAAAACUAAAAUCCCUAAUGUAAAAUUCCCCAAAUCACGAUUCACGUCUCACGACCACACUCCACAGUGGACGUCGACCAAGUAUCACGGUUGCAGACUUGCAGCUCGCCUCUCGUCGACAGUUUUCGACUGUUCAGUCUCUCAUCAGUCAUCUUUGUCAAGGACCUUUUCUCUUCAACUAUAGUGGAAAUGUUGUGGGUUGACAAGUACCGCCCUAAAACAUUAGACAAAGUUACUGUACACCAGGAUGUUGCUCAAAAUCUUCGUAAACUGGUCUCAGAGGGAGAUUGUCCUCAUCUUCUCUUUUACGGCCCUUCCGGUUCAGGAAAAAAAACUCUCAUUAUGGCACUUCUUAGACAGAUUUUUGGUCCAAGUGCUGACAAGGUUAAGGUUGAGAACAAGAUUUGGAAAGUUGAUGCUGGUUCUCGGACAAUUGAUGUGGAGCUCACAACAUUGUCAAGCACUCACCAUGUGGAAUUAAAUCCAAGUGAUGCCGGAUUUCAGGACAGAUACGUUGUUCAAGAGAUAAUCAAAGAAAUGGCCAAGAAUAGACCAAUUGACACGAAAGGGAAAAAGGGGUUUAAAGUUUUAGUGCUAAAUGAAGUUGACAAGCUCUCAAGAGAAGCACAACAUUCUCUUCGAAGAACAAUGGAGAAGUACAGUGCAUCAUGUCGCCUGAUUCUUUGCUCCAACAGUUCUUCAAAGGUCACUGAAGCAGUUCGCUCACGAUGCCUUAAUGUGCGAAUAAAUGCACCAAUGGAGGAAGAGAUUGUUAGUGUUUUGGAAUUUAUUGCCAAAAAGGAAGAACUUCAAUUUCCACAGGGUUUUGCAGCCCGCAUUGUGGAAAAGUCAAAUAGGAAUCUGAGGAGGGCAGUUUUGACAUUUGAGUCUUGCCGUGUUCAACAGUAUCCCUUUACAAACAACCAAACUAUACCUCCGAUGGACUGGGAGCAAUAUGUUUCAGAAAUUGCAUCAGACAUAAUGAAAGAGCAGAGCCCUAAAAGUUCUGUCACUAGAGGUCGACACGGAAUUCAAGACAACUGGAGAUUCAACUUUGAGAGAAGGGAACUUUAAAGUUAAGACGACACUAGGCUUUUGAGUGCUGAGAGAGGAGUAUGUUAUAAAGACUGAGAGAGAAACCUAUAAGACUUCACAUGAUAACCUUCGGUGGCCCAGUGGUUUGGGCUUGGGACUCCCAUGUUGGAGGUCUGAAGUUCGAUACCCCUUGCCAGCGAAAGCAAGGGGUUUGCCUUCUGGGUUGAGCUCGUCUCACCGGGAUUGCCUAGUGCGGGUUACCUCUCCUGUGUGGUUUGUGAGCUAUUGUAUAGGAGUGGAGGUUUUACCCUGUGCGCACCUAUGUUGCGCGGACUCUUCAUAUUUGCAAGCGAACCCGUCUCGACGCGACACUGGUGCGGGCGCGGGUGCGGGGUGCGUGUCGGAUUCGGUCAAUCCAAUCCGGACACUUUGACCGGAGCCGAGAAAAGAUUUGGGGAAGAAAAAAUCAGUUAUCGGCGACCUAAAGAGGACAAAGCUUGAAAAAGUACAGAGAAGAGAAGAAAGAAGAGUUUUUUCUUGAAAAAGUACAAGGAACAGUCCUUUUUUUAUCUUUCUUGAAAAAGUACAGGGUCUUUUCAAUUUUUCUUGAAAAAGAACUCCAAGAGGCAGAAACGAAGGGUUUCUCAAAAUAAGUGUACUUUUUAAU